AUGAUCGACCCGCGCAGCACAGCAUCACCAUCCAGUAUUGUCGCGGCCGAGCACACGUACCGACCCGGGAAGCAUCCGCCCACGGUUGACCCGUUCCAAUCAAGCGCUCAAAACUCGCGCACGACCGCACCGCUCGAACCGGGAAGCAUCGUCCCGCGUUUGACCUGUUCGCUUCCCAUUAUCUGUGUACCGUGCACGAUCGUACUGUCCGACCAGAGGACCAUCAUCCCUCAUCCGGCCCUAACGUUCAACCAAAUUUAUCCGUCCUGCCGAACCCGACGACCGAACAUACAAUCUCUCGGCCAUGAUCGUUCCGACCGUACUGCAGCCCGAUCACGACCUAGCUCUCAGCCGAACGUACCGACCAAUCGUCUGAACGGUCCGGUCGACCCGAAGCCGAUUUUGAAGCCCAUUUUACAAGAUUUAAAGCCCAAUUACUUGGCCGACUUUAUAGACCUAGGUCUAGCCGCUCUUAAAUACUUAGAGCACUAUAAAUACAUCAUUUUAGUCUUGUAA